AUUGUACCAUCCAUGGUUUGACAGCCCUAGUCUGUGAGUGUUCGCUGUUCGCUGAAGGCGAAAAUUUAAAGAAUCAAAGAAAAUACGGUGUUUUAAAUUAAAAGUGCAGCGGUACGCGAGCAGCGACAGGUGAAGCGGGCCCAGGAAAACGCAGUUUGCGACAGCGAGUGGAAAACACAGUGUUCCCUCGAUAACAGUGACGGCGGUCCCAACGUACAGGAAAACCAGGAGAUUUCCGCCCAAAAAAGCAACAAUUGAACGCACGCAACUCGGCGGAAGGAGCGAGCGAGAGAGGGAGAGGCACAAACACCAGCACACAGCAAUACCAACACACACACAUACACACACUUACACGGCACAAAGGUUAUCAACAGCAAAAGCAACAGAAACAACAACAACAAACUAACUUUAAAUAUAAAGCAUAUAUUAACUAAAAUCAACUGAGUAACAACUGAAACCGACAAGCAAUCGCCGAACAACGCCUAAAAACUAGUGAUUUUCGAGGAAGAACCACCUAGAAAGUAAAACCCACCUACCUGGCCUACCUGCAUUUUGGGUCUGUUCUCUAGAAUUUAGCACAAAAACACAAAAUAUAUAAAGGAUAUAUUAGCCAACAUGCGUGAGUACAAAAUCGUGGUCCUCGGAAGCGGCGGCGUGGGAAAAUCUGCGCUGACGGUCCAGUUUGUGCAGUGUAUCUUCGUGGAGAAGUAUGAUCCGACCAUCGAGGACAGCUACAGGAAGCAAGUGGAGGUGGAUGGACAGCAGUGUAUGCUGGAGAUCCUGGACACGGCGGGCACGGAGCAGUUCACCGCAAUGCGCGAUCUGUACAUGAAGAACGGCCAGGGAUUCGUGCUGGUCUACUCCAUCACGGCGCAAUCGACGUUCAACGAUCUGCAGGACCUACGGGAGCAGAUUCUCCGGGUCAAGGACACGGAUGAUGUGCCCAUGGUCCUUGUGGGCAACAAGUGCGACCUCGAGGAGGAGCGUGUUGUCGGCAAGGAGCUGGGCAAGAACCUGGCCACCCAGUUCAACUGCGCCUUCAUGGAGACCUCAGCCAAAGCCAAAGUGAAUGUGAACGAUAUUUUCUACGAUCUGGUCCGGCAAAUCAACAAGAAGUCGCCCGAGAAGAAACAGAAGAAGCCGAAAAAGUCCCUAUGUGUUCUGCUAUAAGACUUCCAAAAAACAAAAAAAAAAAACAAAGAAAAGAAAACAAAACAGAGAGGAUAAUAUAGAAGAGGAAGAAGCAAAAGUAUAAGCGUAAAGUAAAAAAUUUU